AAACCCUGACAAUUGGCUGUGCGAAGCUGAAGGUUGAACUUGCCGGUGUAGUUUUACAGUAUUUUUUUUUUCAGAGACAUUUGAACUUUGCUGGACUAGGUGCACUGAAACUACAGUCAGAAAAUAUGGUGUUGAAAGCUGUUUGCGUUCUGAAGGGCGCCGGCGACGUCUGCGGAACAGUACAUUUUGUGCAAGAGGAAAAUGGACCAGUGAAGUUAACGGGGCAAAUAACAGGUUUAACUCCUGGAGAGCAUGGCUUUCACGUCCAUGCAUUUGGAGACAACACCAAUGGUUGUGUGAGUGCUGGUCCUCACUUCAACCCACAUGCUAAAACCCAUGGUGCGCCGCAAGAUGAAAUUAGGCAUGUAGGAGAUCUUGGUAAUGUAGUAGCUGGAGAUGAUAAGGUGGCAAUCAUUAAUAUUGAGGACAAACUUAUAAGUCUGUCAGGACCUCAUUCAAUCAUAGGUCGAACUAUGGUGAUCCACGAGAAAGCUGACGAUCUGGGCAAAGGAGGAAAUGACGAGAGCCUGGUGACUGGCAAUGCUGGUGGUCGCUUGGCAUGCGGAGUAAUUGGAAUUGCUCAAAACUAAUCUUCAGUGUUUCUGUCUUCAUUCCAACUAGUGGCACUUAUACUAGAAUGAAGUAGAUAUUAAAGGGCAAUAUCAAAGCCCAGUACAAAGUAAAGCAUUUGCUGAUUUUAGUGUGGUUAUUUUUUAAUGAAAAAAUAAUUGUUUUGCGUGUUAGAAAUCACUACUAAUAAACCUUAAAAUAGCUGCGUGCUGUGUAAGUGCUAUCUGACAGUCACAGAUUUAUAUUACUAUACUUUGUUCAAAGUAAUAGCCUUUAUGCCCUGAAAUGUUGCAGCAUUUACUUAACAUUGAAUGUAUGUUCGAUAUAUAUUUUGCUGUACAAAGUAACCAAAUAAACUGGUCCAACUGGU